CCCGGCCGCAGGAGGCGGGGCUAAGCCGGCAGGACCCAGGCGCCUGCGCCCGGCCAUGGAGAGGGAGCUCGGAACUUGGAGUGGAAAUGUAUUGGAUUAUUUUCUGAACACUAACCAGAUUAAAACCAGAGAUGGAGCAGAAAUUAUCUGGUAUCAUGCAGCAAACAAUAAAUCACAAAUGAAAGAGGCAAUACAAAGUGCUGCUCAUAUGGUAGAAGCAGAUAUUCUUCUUUGUGGUGAGGAAGAAGGAAAUGGUGAACCAAUCAUGGCUCAUCCUCCUGAAACAAACAGUGACAACACAUUGCAGGCGUGGCUAAAUGAGAUUGUGAACACUAAAAAAGGCAUCAAGCUGGAUUUUAAGAGUCUAGCAGCGGUGAAGCCCUCUAUGAUGCUUCUUGAAGGCAUAAAGUUGCAUCUGAGGCGACCUGUCUGGAUUAAUGCAGACAUUCUCCCUGGACCUAAUGGAAGUAACACUGUCGUGGAUGCAAAAAGAUUUCUAGACACUGUAACUUCAUUCUGCCCGGAUGUGACCUUAUCGUUGGGCUGGACAACUGGGUGGCAGCCUCAACAAUGCAAUAAAGGAUACAGUUGGGCAAUGGUGAAAGAGAUGGCUCAGAUAUGUGACGCACUUACUCAGCCUGUAACAUUCCCUGUUAGAGCAGCUUUGGUACGACAGUCAACAUCUGAGUUGCUUUGGUUAUUACAGAAGUCAAAUAGGUACAGCCUGACUGUUUGGACAGGAAGGCAUGAUGAGUACUCCAUAGAAGACCUGCUCUACCUCAGAGAGAACUUUGAUAAAAGUAGGGUUUAUUAUGAUAUUUUGGAACCACAAAACUCUGAAUUCAGAAAGGCCAUAGGAAUAGAAGUAUGA